AUGUUCUUCGUGAUUGAGCGCUGGGAGUCUGUGGCCCUGCGGCCAGCCCAGCUGGGCCCCGAGUACCUCUCCAGUGUGGAGGCCCUGCUGCGGCAACAAGUGGAGGGCAAAUGCUUGCAGAGUGUGGGAUAUGUGGUGUGCGUAAUUCGAGUUCUCCAAAACUUACCUGGGCGUAUCCAGGACUCGACGGGUCUCGUUGUGGUUGCGGCGAAGUACCAGGCGAUUGUCUUUAAACCAUUCAAAGAAGAGGUCUUUGUCUCAAGGGCUUCCCUGCCGCCGACCUAUACAUUUCAGGAAGAAGACGCGAUGCCGAGUUUCUCUGACGGCUCUCUCGCUUUACGGACUGGAGGCGAAAUCCGUCUUAAGCUGCUAGGUGUUCGUUUCGAGGCGAGCCAAAUUUUUGCUGUGGCGACGACCAAUGCUGACUAUUUGGGGCCUAUUGAGCCGAGAGACGGCACAGCUGCAUAA